AUGAUUGCAGCCGAUCCUCACACUGUUCGAGAUCUUCCUCCUUCCGAUGUUGGGUCUGUCAAUGGUCAUGAAGAAGUUGAACUAAACAGAAAUACUGACGCUGGGGAGAGUCAAGCAGGAGAUGCCCCUUCAGAAGCAGGGGGGAACCAAGAAAUGGCGGAUCCUUCUGAUGCAGGCGGUAUGCGAUCGAGUUCAAACAGUACAAGCAGAACCCGGCACCCUUCUUGGUUGCCAGAGGACAUGUUUAAGGGUGAUGCUGCUGAUCCCACAGACUCGAUGUCCAACAGCCCCAUCACCACACGCCUUAACCAUCAGACUAUUGGAACCCGCUCAUCUACCCGCACCCCACUAUAUGUUCCCAGUGGCAGUGCAGGAAGGACGUUUUUGGAUGACAACAAUCCUGAUACUUUCUUGGUCAACACUCCCCAAUUGGUUGAGGCCGAAAUUGAACCCGUCAAUGCAUACCUUGUUGAUCCCUCCAGGUAUUGCCUGCCAGAUACAAGCACUGCUGGUGGGAGACGGCUCUGUGUCAUUAUUGUUAUCGUGCUGGCAGCAGUACCAGUAGCAUGCGCCCUGGGCAUUACAGUUAUUGUCUGUGCCAAUGGGCUUUGCAGCAAUGAUGAGGUUCCACCACCUCUUCCAACGACUACUUUGGGCCCGGCUGUUGGAACUUUGCCUCCACAAGUUGAUUUGAUUGAUGGUGACGAUGCCAUGAAUCACACAUCAGGAUCAAUGAUGAUUGGACAAACCGAUGUCAAGAGGACAGAGGAGCAGGAGCAGUCCACGCCUGGUCUUGCUGAACUUAUCGUGCCAUCAUCACAUCCUGUGCCUUCUUUGGUUCCGCUACAACCACCUGGCAACCCAUCAUCUGUGCCUUCUCAACACACUGAAGCUUUGCCAACAUCACUCCCUUCUGGCACACCAACAGGGCUGGGUGCGGCAACAUCAUCCCCCACUGUACCCACUUCACUGCUAACAAGACAGCCGGCUAAAGGCUCGUCCACUGCUGCACAAAACAGUACAGUCAUUCCAACACCACCUCCAACAACAUCUCUAACUUCAACGCCCCCUUCCAUCAGACCAACAGACUUUCCAUCACCCAUCUCAACCCCGUCUCCAUAUCUGACGAGGCAUCCAACACCAACGCUUCUGACACCACGACCCAGCUUAGUAAUGAAUAUUGGAGAUCCGACAGUCUCAACACCAGCAGCCACCACUGUCCCCACCAUGUCAACAACCAAGGGACCAACAAUGUCACAGCCAAUGACACUCCCUUCCGAAACGCCUCCACCUUCGCCUUACCCAGUUUCUGGCCAGACAGAGCUGCCCUCCUCGGUUUCCCCAACGAGCACGCUGCCAGUUUCGCCUCAAACAACAGGCAAACCAUCUACGGAACCACCAUCAAAAACUUUGUCUUCUGUGACAUUGGCCCCUUCCAUCGCUAGUCUCUCAGGAACAUCGAUCCCAAGUUCCAGCCCGACUCCAGGGACGAUGACUAUCAGCCUUCCGCCAGACCCAACACAAACACCAAUGAUGGCUCAGCAGCCUUUAACAGCACAAUCCACAAACAGCCCGAUCAAUCAGCCAACAAAUAGGGAACCAACUAUGACCCCCACCGCUGAACCCCAACCAAGCCCAACUACAGCGCAGCCAACCGGAAAUCCAACUCCAAGUCCAGCAUCCCCAGCUCCAACUCAAGAACCCACUUCAAGCCCUGCCAAAAGGCCACCAACACCAAGCCCAACUAGAAUCCCAACUAAAAACCCCACUAGAACCCCCACCCCUGAACCAACACAGAGUCCUACCUUGUCACCAAACAGGAGACCCACAGCAAACCCAACAUCACUUCCUCCAACUAGAAACCCCACUGGGAACCCCACUCCAGAACCAACCAGAAACCCUACCCCAGAACCCACACAUAGUCCAACCAGGUUACCAACCAGGAGGCCCACACCAAACCCAACCUCACUUCCUCCAAGUAGGAACCCCACUAGGAACCCCACUCCAGAACCAACUAGAAACCCUACCCCAGAACCCACACAGAGUCCAACCAGGUCGCCAACCAGGAGGCCCACACCAAACCCAACCUCACUUCCUCCAAGUAGGAACCCCACUAGAAACCCCACUCCAGAACCAACUCAGAACCCCACCGGAGAACCCACACAGAGUCCAACCAGGUCGCCAACCAGGAGGCCCACACCAAACCCAACAUCACUCCCUCCAACUAGGAACCCCACUCGGAACCCCACGGGACCACCGACACAGAGUCCAACCAGUUCGCCAACCGAAAGCCCCACAGAACCACCUGUAACCACCAUUACAGUCCGGGCUCGAUUCGGCUUCUAUAACUCGUUUGGUAGUGAAUUCAUGGAAAUCAGCGACGCUGAAAGAGAGGAGGUUGAACGCAUUAUUGAUGACUUCCUAGACGGCGAGUAUUCCGGUGGCUUCUCAAAUUAUAUUGUUGGUAGCUUAAACAGCAAUUAUGGGGGGUUUAAUGCCCCUUUGGGUUUUCAGAUGAGGAGGGACUACAAUGCUUAUUUCUGGUAUAAGGAUUUUCCUUCCAUGUUCAAAGGCGACAUGUCUCACGAAGAGGUUUCAAAUUUUCUCAUAAAAGAAGAUUUCACCAACCCUGACUACCGCAGCUUGUUGGAUUCUGUCCGGUCAUCAUUACCAGCAUUUAGCAACUUGAACAUGCUGCAGGUUUCGGAUGAACCCCUACCCCCAUUGACCUAG